CUCAUCUCGCUCGCUGCACUCACUACACUCUCACUGUGACUCUCUCUCUCUCUCUCUCGCUCUCCCUCCGAGCUCAAAUGGCUCAUCGCCUGGCGGCCCUUUCGAUGGUUCUCACCCUGCUCUCGUCCUACACUUGGACCGGCGGCGGCGCCAUCCCCCGGUCCCUGUCGCCGACCGCCUCCCUGGUCGACUUGCACGGCUCCACGCUCGACCCCCGCCAGCUCACAGCGCUCCAGGCCAUGGGGUUCUCCUCCGCCGGCGACCCUUGCGCCGUCCCCUCUCCCCGCGACAACGCCACCGCCUGUGACGACGACGCUCCCUUCCGCCACCUCGUCUCCCUCCGCCUCGCCAACUGCUCCCCGGACCUCGACCUCCCCACCACCGCGCUCCGGGCCCUGUCUACCCUUCGCUCCCUCGCUUUCUUCCGCUGCCCCAUCGCCGCCCCGAGGCGCCUCCCGGGCCCCUUCGUUGCCUCUCUCCGCUCUUUCUCCUGCACCGCCUCCCUCCGUCGCCUUACCGGCGUGUGGCUCUCCCGCAUCCAGAACCUCACCGACCUCUCCGUCAUCGGCGUCCCAGUCGUCGCCAGCGGCCCCGCCGUGGUCCUCUCCCAGAUGCGUCACCUCCGCUCCGCCACCAUCUCUUCUGCCAACCUCUCCGGCCUCGUCCCCCACCACUGGCACGCCUUCAACCUCGUCCACCUCAACCUCUCCUCCAACCGCCUUAAGGGCCCAGUCCCGAGCUCCAUCUCCGUUCUCGGCUUCCUCCAGACCCUCGAUCUCAGCUCCAACGCGCUCACAGGAACCCUCCCCGACUCCAUCGGCGACCUCGCUGCUCUCAAAAACGCAUCUUUCGCGCACAACUCGAUCUCCGGGCCCAUCCCCGACUCCAUGUCUCAGCUCUCGGCGCUCGUCCACCUCGAUCUUAGCUCGAAUCAGUUCAACGGAAGCAUCCCAAAGUUCCUAUCUGGGAUGAAGGGAUUGAAGUUCCUAAAUCUGGAGAACAACAACUUCCAAGGAGUGCUCCCCGUCAACGCGUCCUUCCUGAAGAGACUCGAGGUCUUCAAGGUGGGCGGCAACAGCAACCUCUGCUACAACCACACUGUGCUCUCUUCCAAGCUCAAGCUGGGGAUCGCCCCCUGCGACAAGUACGGUCUACCAGCGUCGCCGCCCCCGGACCGCUCCACUCGGGCGGACUCGUCGGACUACUCCGACGACGGCAGCGACGACGGGAGCGGGGAUAGAGGGAGCGGCGGCGGGGACCACCACGGGCCGAGCAAGCUGGUGCUCGGAGUGGCCAUCGGGCUGUCCUGCUUUGUCUUCCUGGUCAUCUUCCUGGUUUGCCUCUCCAAGCUGUGCGGCUGAAGCAGAAGUUCGAUCUCAGCAGCAAAAAAAUCCACCUUUAUCUAUCUACUACUCAGCAUUAUUCUCCUCAGAGGUUCGAUCAGCUGGAGCACAUGUUGACAUAGCGACCCACAACCAACCAUCUCUCUCUCUCUCUCCCCCAGACAUCUCCUUCCUGUUUGCAGAUAAAACCGAUGCUGGUUACUCUUGGAAUGUUGGUUGAGCAAUGCUGUUUUUGAGUCGACGAGAGGGAUAGAGCUUUAAUCACAGUGUCUUCUUCUCCCACCUGUCCUUUUUAUUAGCUCUAUAGGCGCUGUAGACAUCCUGCUGUCCUUUUAUAGCGUUCAUUACUCGUCACUCUACUUUAUCUUAUCAAUGAAGUUUCCGUCUCUAGCGCAGUGGUCGCUGCUUUGAGUUCCCACAUGAUGCUGUACUCAUUUAUUGGCUCUGCCUUCCGCACUAAGCUGCCACUGAUACAUGAACAUCCAAGAAUGAUGAAGAUGAUGAUGUCGUCUUCGUCUUCGUCUUCGUCUUCGUCUUGUGGGCGAGCACCAGACUAUCUGCAGACACAGCAGAUUCAGAUUCACGGAAUCUUGUAUCAGAUCAAUCGAGUUGUACAACGCUACAAUCUUUGUCACCCUACGCAAUCGUUUAGCCGAGCUAACAAUAAUACCUUUGAGGCGGUCGAUGCUUCGCCGGUUCAUCACCUCCUUGGCUACAAGGGCUUGUGGUUCACGAGAAAGCGCAGGAAGAAGAGGGGAUCUGACGUUUAUUUCUUUUGGGGAACGGACACAUCGGCCAGCGGUAAAGUCGAUCGCUUUCGGGUGGCACCUGCGUUGAUUCUUGCAUUAGUUUUUCUGAUCUGAGAUACUGACAGAGGACUCAUGGAAGGCGAAGUUGGAAGAAAGGCGAGAGUUGUUGGUGGGUGGAGA